AUGGGUCAUGAUAAAGAGAAAAGGGGUGACAUAGUGUGGUGUUCAGGGAACUGCAGAGAUCAGAUCAAUAUUCUUCUUCCACCAGCAUUAUCCAACAACCAAGCUCAGAGUGAAACUGAUUUUGAGUUAUUGGAGGUGGAAAAUAUCCAUAGUUUGAUUGUAUCUUUGUCUGACGUAGGAUUUGAUGACCUGCAAGCCUGUGCUGAUCCUGGAGCUCCUGAACAUGGCUACAAGACACCCAGUGCRGGUGUUUUCUUUGAGAGCGUGGUGGUCCGGUUCCAUUGCCAAGAAGGRUACAGGCUCAAUGGUACUUCCAAAAAACUUUGUGUGAGACACUUUAAUGGCUCCCUGAGCUGGAAACCCAGUGAUAAACCUGUGUGCCUACAAGAAGUCACAGAUUGCCUUGUUCCACAUGUUGAAGAUGCAGAGGUUCAUAACAAGACAUACAGGACUGGCGAUAAGUUAAUAAUCAGCUGUCAUGAAGGAUUCCAGAUCCGUUACCCUGACUUAGACAACAUGGUUUCCAUAUGUCAAGACGAUGGAACAUGGGAUAAUCUACCCAUAUGUCAAGGUUGCCUGAGGCCACUGGUUCUUCCUCAUAGUUACAUUAACAUUUCUGAGUUCGGGGCCUCCUUCCCCGUAGGAACAGUGGUGCAUUAUCAGUGCUUCCCUGGAUAUAAACUAGAAGGGACAGAGAUCCUUGAGUGCAUGUAUAACCUUAUCUGGUCAGAUAGCCCACCUAGGUGCCUUGAUGUGGAAGUUUGUCCGCUACCUCCCAUGGUGAGUCACGGAGAUUACAUCUGCCACCCGCGGCCGUGCGAGCGCUACAACCACGGCACCGUGGUGGAGUUCUACUGCGACCCUGGCUACACCCUCACCAACGACUACAAGUACAUCACCUGCCAGUACGGAGAGUGGUUCCCCUCCUACCAAGUGUACUGUGUCAAAACAGAACAAACMUGGCCAAAUACACAGGAGACCCUCCUGACUACAUGGAAAAUAGUGGCAUUUACUGCUACCAGUGUUUUAUUGGUACUGCUGCUGGUUAUUUUAGCCAGGAUGUUCCAGACCAAAUUUAAGACACAUUUCCUUCCACGAGGCAACCAGGAGGGCUCCAUGGGCGACCCCGACUUCGUGGUGGUGGAUGGUGUUCCUGUCAUGCUGCCUUCCUACGAUGAAGCUGUCAGCAGCGGUUUGAGUGCUCUGGCGCCCGGAUACUCAGCUGCCACAGACCAUAUUUUGCAGGCAGAAGAUCAGAAUCCUCCGGCUUACCCCGGUCCCAGGAUCCCAGACACGCUGCCUGGCGAGUUUGAGGCCUGUGACAGUGGGUCGGGUUCCUCUGAACUGCUCCAGAGUUUGUACCCAUCUCUGCCGGGCCAAGGGGCAGCGCUUCCCGGCUCCGAUCGAACUGACGUGUCCCAGAGCGCUGACGGGGACGCUGCAUCCACGAGUCCCCGGAUCGAUAUCACAGAUGAGAUUCCUUUGAUGGAAGAAGACCCUUAGCCUGCACUAAAGUUGUGUCUUCGUCACAUUGCACUGUUGGGUGACAUGAAUCAUGAGGAUUCAGAGACAGAA